CCACGCCAUAACCCGACGACCUGACACGAAACACAUACAUAAACAACAAUGCUUCCGUGCUGGCUGCUUCUGGCGUGCGUGGUGCUGUUAGCGCGGCCGGCACACCCGCAGGGCCCGCAGCAGUGCCCCGCCCCGAACACCAUAACACCAUGCAGCUGUACCGUGAAGAAGAACGGCCUCGAUAUAUUGUGCGAGUUCACUGAGCAGCAACAUAUACAGAAGGCAAUGAACACGCUUCGCUCGAAACCGAUGAUCAUCUUCUACCUGAAGUUGCGUCACAACAACCUCGCCAAGCUGCCUUCCUACAUCUUCUUGGGCUUGGACAUCCGCCACUUGACCGUGCACAACAGUAGCCUUGCCGUCAUUGAGGAUUCGUCUCUUAGUUCUAUUGGUAACAAAUUAACGCAGUUGGACGUCUCUCAGAACAGCCUGGCUACAAUACCAACAUCAUCAUUCACGCAUCUAAACCACUUGCUAAUACUGAAUAUGAAUCAUAACAAGGUAACAGCGGUGCAUAACCGUGCAUUCAUGGGCUUGGACACGCUUGAAAUAUUGACGCUGUACGAGAACAAGAUCUCUGUCGUCGACGGCGAGGCUUUCAAAGGCUUGGAGAAGAAGUUGAAGCGGCUGAAUCUGGGCGGUAACGAAUUGACAGCUGUCCCACAGAAGGCCCUCGCCUUACUUGAAAACUUGAAGAAACUCGAGAUGCAAGAAAACAGAAUCGUUUCAAUUUCCGAGGGAGAUUUUGCAGGUCUGCGUAGCCUAGAUUCUUUAGGCUUAGCCCACAACCAGUUGCGAGAGGUUCCUGCUCAGGUGUUCUCACACCUCACGUUCCUGAACUCUUUGGAGCUGGAAGGCAACCAGAUUCAAAGGAUCGACGAGAAAGCCUUCGCUGGUUUGGAAGAAAACCUGCAAUACCUUCGUUUGGGCGACAACCGCCUCCACGGCAUCCCGUCCGAAGCCCUGCGUCCCCUGCACCGCCUGAGACACCUGGACCUUCGCUCCAACAACAUCACUUACAUCAGCGAGGACGCCUUCACUGGAUACGGUGAUUCCAUCACGUUUCUCAACCUUCAGAAGAAUAUGGUUCACCAGCUCCCAACGAUGGGUUUCGACAACCUGAAUUCUCUGGAGACGCUCAAUUUGCAGAACAACAAGCUCCAACAUAUCCCCGAGGAGAUUAUGGAGCCAAUCCUGGAUACGCUCAGGGUCGUUGACAUUAUGGAUAACCCUCUAAUAUGUGACUGCGAACUCGCUUGGUACGAGGCGUGGCUCGCGGGACUCCGAGACCGUGAUGACGAGAUGAUGCAGAAGAAGAGGACGGUGUGCACCAUGGUCAAUGAACACCGGGAGUACAGUGUGGCCAAGAUGCCUCUGGAGAAAAUGAACUGCAAACGAAAACCAGCAUACGGUCGCACGUCCGACGCCCCAACUACACACCCCACCAUCGCAAUCACCACGCUUGCGAUCAUUCCGUGGUGGCUUUAA